CAUAAAUACAAUAUAAGAUAAGACUGAUUGCAAAAUUAAUUUCCAUGUAAUGUGAUCACACAUAUGUAAUCAAAGUGUGCGGAUGAACACCUGCCCGGCCAAUGGCCAGUCAUCAAGCAAUGUAUAGACACUGAUAAAGGCCGGGAUAUAUACCGGAUAAUGGCCAGAAAGACCAAGGAGUUAUACCCGUCGCCCACAUACGUCCCGUGGGUUACCAUCGAUGGCAAGUUUGACAAGAAGUCUAUGGCUUUGAUCGAAAGCAAUCUGAUUAACUUCGUAUGCCUUAAGGCUAAUCCCCGACCCAUUGAAUGUCCAAACUCUGGAGCCACUGAUUAUCUACAGCAAAAUCAAGAAACUGUACCAUCAUCUGCUUUUGAGGCAUAAAUUAUAAGCAAGUAUUGUUUUAGUUUGAAAAUGCUAUUUAUUAAAAUAUAUUAAUAUGCAUU